UAAACUGGAAGCGAACCAACCAAUGGUGGCCUGUCUGGCACACCAUGGACGGCCGGCUUGAGGUCGAGAUCGAGGCCUACGGCCAUGCCACCGACCUCAUGCACCUCCUGGAUCUCGGCGAAAGCGACAAGGCGACGUGGAACAUGAAGUCCGAAGCCAUGGGCCGCUUCGUAGACGGACUCACGGCGCUAGCUGCGCUAGCCUGCGACGACCGCGGUGUCCAAGUGCGUCGGAUGCUCCUCGCCCAAGGCGCCAACGUCGUGCAGCACAUCGUGGAUGCGCUCAAGUGCCGCGACGUCCUCCUCAAGUGCAAGAGUGCCAGCGCCUUGGGCUCCAUUUGCAUGUGCAGCGAAGCCUGCGCGGAGCUCAUGGCAGCCCACGGCAGCGCCAUCGUGCAUGGCUUGAUGCGCAUGGUGGCCGGGAAGAACCGGUGGGCCCAAGGCGACGCAAUCUUCGUGCUGGGCUGGAUCGUGCGAUGGAAAGAUGACAAUGCGGAGACGCUCGAGGCCAUUGCCGCCGCCGUCCCCAACGCCUGCGACAUGGUGCUAUCGAGCUUCGCGCGCCGCCCGACCGACGAAGCGCCGCACGACGAGAGCAUUGAAGACCGCGAGUCGAACCUCCGCAUCUACCCGUUUGUGUUUCUCCUCAACUUGUACCAGCACACGUCGCUCACGCCGGCACUUGCUGCUGUCCUGGACGCCAUCGCUGCUGCGAUCCACGCCGCAGUGCACCAGCCGACGCUUGCCGAGGUCGCGGUGAUCGCUCGACUCUCGACCUCACUGCUGCUCUCGCUCGUCGACAAGGACGCAGGUAUCGUGUGCCCCCUCGUGCUCGAGAAGAAGAUGCUACCGGACGUCGCCCGGCUCAGCCGCCGGCGCUUUGACGGCGACGACGACCUCGUGGGCGACCAAUGUCGUGUGGUCAUGGACCUGAUUGUUAAAUCGCGAUAAGAAAGGCGGUGUCAUAUUUAGAGUG